CUUGUGGUAUUGAUACAAGUUUCAAAAAAAUAGAAGAAGACUCCGUACUCCUUAAAGUAACUCCAACGGGUCAUCUAAAAUUCAGUAAAGUGUGAAAAUUGAAAGAUGUAGCCUUUACUCUACAUAAAAACGAGCUCCAACGGGUAAGCCAUAAAAUAGAGUGAUUGCUAUUUGUUCCGUUUUGUCUUCUAUAUUUGGAAGCCAGCCUUGCAUUAGCUAUCGAUCUAUUUCUUCUUUGAUUUCCGAUUCUGCUCAUCCGCCAUCUUCAUAUAGCUAUGGCUUUCGAUUCUAGUGCUGCUUCUUCUUCUUGUUCUAUUGCAAUAGCCACACAUUUUAUGGGAGGCUUACGGCGGAGUCGGGGGAGGGGUAGGGUGGGGGGUUUAGGGGAACUAGCUACAGGAUUGUCUUCUUCCUUCUCCAUUUUCCUAUAUAAGGAGGAAAAACCAGCUUUCAUUUCUGCACCAAAACUUAGUAAGUUUAGUAUCAUUUAGUUCCUUGUUUAGUGGAGAGUUCAUUGGUGUUGUCAAUUUGGUGAGAGGUCGCCGGAGCUGAGAGUAAUCGUCGCAGGAAGUUUCGCCGGAAAAUUCUCAAAACCUUCGAUAAGCUUCGAGGUAAGCAGAAAGCAGAAUGUGAUCCUGGCGGCAGAUGGGGCGAGAUUGUCGGGAUGGAUGUGACAAGUUUUGAAACAAUUUAUGAUAUGUCAAUAUUAAAAUCGCUUCCGCAAUAUUGUUGAAUACUCCGUAUUGUAUAUGUAUUGAAAAAUAUUAUUGGGAUUAAUAAAGUGUGUUUGAAAAG